AUGAAGUUAGCCAUCGGAGGUCUCAAUACCUUCUUCUUAUUAGGUGCCAACCUUCUCAUCGCCUUGAUCGUCCUUUCCGGUGUUGUUACCCACGCGCCAUUCGACAAGUUUUAUUGGCUCCAAGCAGACACUUCCACUAUCGAUGGCGCUCCAGAACUCUCCCGUUGGACCUUUUGGGGUCUCUGCCAGCCAGAAGCGAGAGAUGGUGCGUCCAUUAACUGUAACACGACGCCAGAUUACCCACUCUCCCCGCUUGACAACUUUCCUACCUCUGCCAACAUCCCGUCCGACUUUGUCAAGAACCGUGAUACUUACUACUAUUUGACCAGAACCGCGUUCCCACUCUACUUUGUUGGCUGGGCCUUUGCCUUUGUCUCUGUGUUCACCUCCAUCUUUUCCUGGUGCUCCCACCGUUUAAACUUUGCCACUUCCAUUUUUACCUUCCUCGGCCUCUUGACCACUUUGACCGCUACCGUUUUGCAGACCGCUGCCAUCGCCAUGGCCAAGAAGACUUUCAAGAACGCCGGCAACUACUCUCACAUCGGACCUACCAUGUUGGGGUUGACUUGGGCGGCUUCUGUCUGUAUUGCCAUUGUUUUCUUCUCCUCCACCGGUGCAGCCUGCUACAGAGGCUUCAAAGAGCACGCUGAGAGCGUGCACGAAGCCAACCACGAGGAGGAGUACAAGUCUUCUGACCUUGACAAGUAUACUGCUCCCACCGACACCCAAUUGCGUCGCGAAGUCUCCUCCGAGGCCUCUGCGACCCAGGCCUUUGAAGACCCUUACGCCGCCCAGAACAACCUCAACCAGGAACAGCCCCAGCAGGACGGAGAGGGCAGCGGUAUCAGAUUCUUCAAGGUGAGAAAGGUCGGUCAGACGCCAGUUUAA